GAGCGCUUCUUCCCAGCCAAUGUCGCCCACUCCGUCUACAUCCUGGAGGACUCUAUCGUGGACCCCAAGAACCGAACCAUGACCACGUUCACCUGGAACAUCAACCACGCACGUCUCAUGGUGGUGGAGGAGCGCUGUGUGUACCAGGUGAACCCUGAGAACAGCAACUGGACCGAGGUCAAGCGAGAAGCCUGGGUCUCCUCCAGCCUUUUUGGUGUCUCGCGGGCCAUCCAGGAGUUUGGUCUGGCCAGGUUCAAAAGCAACGUGACCAAGAGCACUAAGGGAUUUGAAUAUGUGCUAGCAAGAAUGCAAGGAGAAGCUCCAGCCAAUAAAACACUGGUGGAGACAGCCAAGGAAGCGACUGAGAAAGCCAAGGAGACGGCUCUGGCUGCUACAGAGAAAGCCAAGGACCUGGCGAGCAAGGCAGCCACCAAGAAGAAGCAGUAUGUGUGAGGGGCCAGGCGCAGGCUGCACCAGAACAGAUAGGAGCCUCCUUAGGUUUUGUACUUUUAAACAAACUGUACCAGUCUGACAAUCAGCUGCUGUUGGAACCUUUCCAAGAUGUAAUUAUCAUUAAAGAAUCAACUCCCACCUCUG